CCUAAUGCUGGAUGGAAAGCUCAAAGAACUAAUCGAUUUAGUACAAUUGAAGAUGCUAAAUUAAUGAUGGGUGUUAUAUUGGAAGAUAAUAAUCAAAGAAUUAAAUUACGUCCAACAAUUAGUCACAAUGAUGUUAAUAUUAAAUUACCAAAAUUCUUUGAUUCACGUAAACAUUGGAAGAAUUGUCCAAGUAUUCGAACAAUACGUGAUCAAUCUUCAUGUGGUUCAUGUUGGGCUUUUGGAGCUGUUGAAUCAAUGAGUGAUCGUAUCUGUAUUCAUUCUCAAAGUAAAAUCUCUGUAGAAUUAAGUGCUGUUAAUCUAUUAAGCUGUUGUACAAGAUGUGGUCUUGGUUGUAAUGGUGGUAUUCCAGGAAUGGCAUGGGAUUAUUGGAAAUAUGAAGGUAUUGUUACAGGAGGAUCAAAUGAAACACAUACAGGAUGUCAACCAUAUCCAUUCCCUAAAUGUAAUCAUCAUGCAAGUACAAAAAGUUAUCCACUAUGUGAAAGUCAUUAUUAUUCAACACCAGAAUGUUAUAAGACUUGUCAAGAUGAUUAUCAUAAACCCUAUAAAAAAGAUAAAUUUUAUGGUAAAACUUCUUAUAAUGUAGCCAGUGAAGAAAUGUCGAUCAUGAAAGAGAUUUUAUUAAAUGGUCCAGUUGAAGGUGGAUUCUAUGUCUAUGAAGAUUUUCUUCAUUAUAAAUCUGGUGUUUAUAAACAUAUCACUGGUUCAUAUUUAGGUGGUCAUGCUAUACGUAUACUUGGUUGGGGUAUUGAACAUAAUCAUAUACCUUACUGGUUAUGUGCUAAUUCAUGGAAUGAUCAAUGGGGUGAUCAUGGUUAUUUUAAAAUUUUACGUGGUAAAAAUGAAUGUGCAUUGAAUCAAUUAUAUCAGCUGGUUUACCAAAGUUACAUCAAUAGUUUAUAUCUACCUAAUUCAUUUAGAUAAACAAAUGAAUGAGAUCAUAUUAUAGAUUGAUGUUAUGAUUUUGUUUCUAUGUGUAUUAUCUUUAACAUUCAAUAUGAGCUAAUGAUCAUUUGUCCGAUGGUUACAUAGUGUAUAUUGUUAUUCAUUCGGUAUUAUAUGUUUCGGAUUCCUUUCUAAUUUGUUACAAAUAUCAUUAUGAGGUUAUGGAGAUUAUUAAAUUUUUGAUUGAGAUCAUGAAUCGAUUGAUGUGAGAUCGCCAUUGAAAACCUGGAAGCACUGGAUGGCUGUUUCGUCCCACUGUGGGACUCUUCAGUAGUGCGUGUUUGCAAUCCCGCACCCGGGAUUCGAACCCCUGAUAUUCGGUCUUGCGUGCGAACGCUUAACCUGUGAAUAACUGGGCAGGCCGGUAUCCAACGGUGUUAAUAUCUAACAUCAACUAACCUGCGAAAUUGAGCAAUUAUCUUCCAUUGUACUGAGGUAAGAUACCUGUUUUCACACAGAUUAGCUCCACUUGUCACGACUUCUCACUAGAACUCCGAGAAUAAAUGAAAAUAAAUAUUACUGGAUUCACUUGGUAGUGUUUACUUGAAUAACGUGACUGGGUUUGAAGCGAACAGUAUUGAGUUCGGAUCCCAGAGUGAACAUCAACUCUGAUGCGGGUACAUCCAGCUGAUGAGUCCCAAAUAGGAGGAAACACGCGUGCCAC